GCGAUUGCAGUGCGUAGGCGGUUGUCGUAGACGUAACCACCACGUGCUACGCUGUUUGCACUUCAUACAAUACAUGAAUUUCAGAGUGUCUACAGAAUGAAUGUAUUUUUUUUAAGCUGCAAGUUUGGAUGAUAUAUUUGUGUUAUUGAAAAGCUAGUUAAGGUUAUGAAUUCCGGGAUAAAUUCAGUGAAAUGAAAAUAUCUUGAAUCUUAAAUUGUGAACAGAAUGCUUAUUAUUUUCUGGUGGCUCCGGAACUAGUGUUUUGAUGUGUUCCCAAAUAAGAAGAUAAAAAAAGGUUGAACAUCAGCUCUACUCAGCAAAAAGCGACAAAAUUUAAGACACGCUGUGAUUCCUAUUUCCAUAAUCGACAUGGCAUCGUCAUUUGCGAACUGUUCGUAUGCGCCCGAAACGAGUGUUAGUGAUGCAGCAUCCUAUAAUUACUUGGACCGCAGCGGCAGCAGUGCAUUGGAAGAACGCGACAAGAGAACGACACGUGCCGGCAGUUUGACGAAUCAUUCUCUGUUGAACCUACUAGAGCAGAAACACAAACUGCUCGAGGCAAUCAAUUUGGCGCCUCCACCGAAAGAAACUAGUGGCCGCCGGCACUCGUCGGAUUCAUUUCCGACAAUUGAAAACGAGAACAUUCAAAUUCCCCAGCGCCAAAUUAAAAAACCCCCCGGCUUGCAACUGAUUCCUCCUCCAGUACCAAAGCGAACCUUCCAGGGUAAGUUCACCCACCGGUUGUCAGACACCUUCGACAGUCAAAACCGAUCCUCAAACUCAACACUAGACGUUUAUCAUCAGCAGCCGCAAAGCUACGCCCAGUACCGCCCCGAUCGAAUCUGUCAGUCCGCAUUCGAUGAACAGACUUUUGGGUUUUUCUCCGCGAGUAAAACCAAACCAAUUGGUUCCUGCCUCAGUAGUGUCAGCACAACGAGCUUCGACGACAUCGGAGAUACCGAUGAUUUUGUGAUAUUCAACAAGAAGAUGUCGUCCAUAGAAUCGAACCGUUCAUCCAGCGAUUCAAAUAAAUCGCAAACAACGAUCGACACGGGUUACGUUUCCGCCAACGAGAAUGAUCGGUCCAUUUUUACCAUGGCUAGUUCAAACAAAGGGACUUUCCGAAGCAGGUUUUCUUCCGAGGACACCCAAUCAUCGCUGGAUAGCUUUCUCUCCUCGGAGCUGCAUCGCACCGACACGAUUGACUCGCUGCAAAUGAAUGAUUCGCCUUUCAGUUUGAAAAAGAAUGUUUUCAAUUUUGACGCAAAAACCGGUCAAAUCCGAACGAAUACCUCUUCGAUAUCGCCCACCUCAACCGACGAUAAGAUUGAUAGCAGUUCACCACGUAGCGUCGAAAGCAAAAUUUCUCGCCGAUUGCCAAUGGUUCCGACACGCAAGCAAAACAGUAUGCCACCCAAAAUUGCGCCACCCUCCAGAAUAACGCCUCCGGCCUUGCCAUCUCGAUCGCAACAAGCGUUCGAAUCACGUAAAUUACUGAAACUUCAACAGCAACAGCAACAGCAACAGCAACAACAGCAGCAGCAACUUAACAAUGGUCAAUUGAGCCGUAAAAUAAGUCUCGAAAACAUACAAGAGCUUUACACUCGUCCAACGGGUUUCCGGCGAAACAUGCAAAAGCCACCCUCGUUGAAUCAGGUGCACCACACGAAAAUAAACCAACGGCAGGAUUCCAGUGUGUCAAGCGAUAAUUACUCAGUUACCUCAAGUCCGGGAUAUAACAGUAAGAACAUGGAAGCUCCACUUCUGCAGCACACCACAAAAAUGAAUCGCUCAACAAUGCGCGGUCAUCAAGCGCAGCAACAACAACAACACCAUCAAAAUCAACAUUCCCCAAGAAAUCAACAGGAACCGACACAGACGCCCCCAGAAACCGGCCAUAAUCCGAGCGCGAUGCGAUCCGUACCACCGAGAGUCAACAUGCGCCAAGACUCGGUGAUCUCCAGCGACAGCCUCAGCCAGACGUCGAGUCCGAGUUACAACGCCAAAAUAAUGGAAGCGCCGCUUCUGUCUCAUGCGGCCAAAAUGCCCAAAGUUUCCAAACCAAUUGCACGGAACUUCGACGAAAUAACGAAGGAUGUGAAGGACGAAUCGAACGGGUCAUCGUCGGUGAUCAUCAAGAGCGCGUCGACGCCGGCCAGUUUGCAGACCAUCGUGCGGCUGUCGAACGGAUCGAAUAUGUCGCUGCAGGGAAAGAAGCUCCAAAUCCUCAAAUCGCGCAAAAGUUCCGAAACGUUCCAGCCAAGCAGUCAGACAAAAUUUCGCAUGUGCCAAAUCGUGAUCAACGCGAUUCUCCUGAUUGUCCUCGCCGUGGGGUUGGCUUCGUUUUUCAGCCAAAAUCCACCAAUCACCUACGUGAACCAAACGAACAUCAUUCGCACGAUAAACAACAAGCCCGCUUGGGUCGAAACCAUGGUAGCGCCGAUCAAGGUGGACAAAAAUCCGGCCCCGGGUGUGUGUCUACCGAUCAUCGUCAAAUUCUGCCAGCAGCACAAGAUACCAUACAACUACACCGUGUUUCCCAACUACAUUGGCCACUUUGGUCAACCGGAAGCGCAAAUGAGCGAUGAUUUCCAGGAAAUUGAUCUGUUCGAGGCGCUAGUGGAUGUGCAGUGUUACGAGCUGGUUCCUCUGUUUCUGUGCUCUCUGUUUGUGCCUAAAUGCGGGGCUACCGGGACAACGGUUCCACCGUGCAAAAGUCUGUGCAAUGAAACAAUGCGACGAUGUAGUUUCUUCUUCGACGUUUUUGGGCUAGAACUACCGGAGUACCUUCGUUGUCAGAUAUUCAGCGACUCGGUAUCCGACCAGGAGGAAUGUGUAGGUAUGACCGAGUACAAGGAAUCCCUCCUGAAGGCGAGGAGGCCCGUUAGUUGCUCCGGGUUUCUAUGUGACAAGAGACGCUGCAUUCCGAACGAUUGGCGCUGUGAUGGACACGUAGACUGCCAGGACCAGACCGAUGAGUCGCACUGCGACUUUUGCGGAGAAAACGCAAUCCAUUGUGGCAACGGGCGAUGUAUGGGCCAGAAGCAUGUGUGCGACGGUAAGGCGGAUUGCCCAUUCGGCCAGGACGAGAGGAAUUGCAUCCGUUUGAGUGAACGUAACGGCGAUCUUGGCCGGGGAACGCUGGAGGUUUACAAAGCAGACCUGAAACAGUGGGCGCCGGCCUGUGUUAAGAACUGGGAUUCUGCCACAUCACCCACGUUGAUAUGCUCGAUGCUUGGAUACAGCUCGGUCAAUUCGAGUCGUACGACGAUGAGAGGAUCGAACCGAACGCUGAUCGGGACAAAGGAUGCGUCUUCCAUGUGGCAAUUGUAUCAGAAGAAAAAUACCAAUAUGCUGCAGGAGUUCAAUAGUUGUGACGUUAGUUCACGUUAUCCGGUAGCUGAGUUGACCUGCUCGAAUUAUGAAUGUGGAAAGGUUCCGAACAAGAAGUAUCACAAACAACAGACUAGAAUAAUAGGUGGUCGAAUUUCCAAUCCUGGCGAUUGGCCGUUCAUUGCUGCCAUCCUUGGCGGGCCUGAGGAAGUCUUCUACUGUGCUGGCGUUCUCAUCGCAGACCAAUGGGUCCUCACCGCUUCUCACUGCAUUGGAAACUACACGAAACGUAAUGUCAAUGAUUGGACUAUUCAGCUUGGAAUAACCCGACGCCACUCGCAUUCUUACUAUGGUCAGCGGGUGAAGGUCAAGGCAGUAAUACCACAUCCACGCUAUAACCUGUACAUUCCACAUGACAACGAUGUCGCACUGUUCCAGCUCGCCACCAGGGUUGCUUUCCACGAUCAUUUGCUGCCGGUUUGUCUUCCCCCACCACACAUCCGCGAACUGGCGCCAGGAACCAACUGCACCGUGGUGGGCUGGGGCAAGCGUGAGGACAGCUCUCUGCCAAAUGGGGUGACAUACGAGCCCGCCCUGAACGAAGUCAAUGUUCCUAUAUUGAAUCGUGACCUGUGUAUCGAAUGGUUGGAGAAUCUGAACGUAACCGAUGGAAUGAUUUGCGCUGGAUAUCAGGAAGGUGGACGGGAUGCGUGCCAGGGUGACUCUGGUGGUCCACUGCUGUGUCCGUAUCCGAACGAGAAGGAUCGAUGGUUUGUUGGUGGCAUCGUUUCAUGGGGUGUCCGCUGCGCUCAUCCCAAACUGCCCGGAGUGUACGCCAACGUGCCAAAAUUCCUCCCCUGGAUUCUUGGGAACAUAAACAAUGCUUCAUCGCAACAAUCCAAUACAAUUGGCCGAUAAAUUGGAACGGUUCGACGGUAUCGACUUAUAAUGAGCGAGUCCACUGGAUAGAGUCUAAGAUGCGGAAGUUGACAGCCAGGCGAAGAUAAAAUGAUAGAAUAUCAUGCCAGUGAGACAUAGGUUCAGCAUGCUUUCGAUUGCGAAGGCAUUGUAUGUUCAGGUAACAAAUAAGAUAGUAGAAUAUAACCUACGACAAUAAUCCUGAUACACACAUAUCGGAAAAGGAAUCGAAUGAAUGUGAUACACAUCCACCGUUUGAACAAAAAAAAGGGUUGCGUGACAAUAAUACAUUAGGCCAUUGUUUGGAGAACAAAAGAUAACUUUACGUGCUUCUAAAUUGGAAGCCAAAAAUGAAAAACAGCAUCCGUUAGCCUACAGGUAUGAUUGAAAAGCAUUUACUGAGUUACCAUUCCACAAUCACUGACAGAGAUGAAAAAUAAUAAGAGAACUAGAAUUAUCGCCAUUGUUUUAUGGCAAAUCAAAGUACUAAUUCGCGAAAAACAUUGUUCCGAGUUUGAUGUUUCCAACUCCAUACCGGAAGGGAGUUGAGUAAAUGUUCGCCUAGUUCCGGGAAACGUGUGUGGUGCGAGUAAUGGGGGGAAUAGACAAACAAUCUACGAAUUUACCCUUCCACCUAGUUACAACACCUUCACAAUUGUGCCUCCCACUUAAACGGACACGAGUUUUAAAAUGGUAUAACCAGCCAAGGAAGAAAAACACUGUGAUGUGGUUGAGUGAUGACUAACACCACGAGCCGUUGAAAACACGAAGUCUGAUGAGUUUCUACAGCUUCACUUUUCCUGUACUCGUUGGUUCUAAUAUCCUUGCAUUUUUUUGUCGUCCGUGAGCUGGUCAGCGUAACGCGGCACACGGUGGGUUCGGUAUCGAUUUUAUGACAUUGGCGAAAAAUCAUUUUCAUUUUAAUGUAUUGUUAUGGACAAUUCGAACUGUUUCAUCGAAGGGGGAAUAGAAGGAAUAUCAUUAAAUGAAUUUCGGAAGCAAUAUAAGUGAAAAGUACAUAUUAUAUAAACAAAUGUUGAAUAUUAUGCUAGUAAAUCUUUUGACCAAUUGAUGCAGUUGUUUUUAAAAUUCAAAGACACAUGUUAUAGAAACGUCCCAUUUUUGGUUAGAUGAGAUUCGACUCCAUAAGCACUUAUCCGUACCUGUUCUUUAUUAAAUUUUUAUUUUGUAGUAACAGUUAGAACAGCAGCUUCCAACCAACCCCUCUUUGCGAAAUUCACCUAAUCUAGAAGCUAGAUCCGGUUAGAACAGUGAUUUUUCAUUGUGCAAAAUAGCAAAAGUUGUAUUUGAAGGUAUUGUGUUUUGUAAAUUUCGCUGUUUGUAUUUAUGCGAAUAUAGAAAUUUUCUCCUUUAAACAAUCAUCUUCUUUGAACUUAUUUUCUUUUACCUUUACUUUCACGGUGCAAAACUCCUGUCCCAGUACAUAUUUGUUGGAAGUCAGCCUUGACGUAUGUUUCGUUGUACUUGGUCAACAUCUUGGUGUGAAAUUUCCUAGCGCGGGUUUUGACAACAGUUUGCUGGCGUUCAUCGUGGUUUGGGAAGUUUUGAACCUUGUAUGUCUGCAAUCCACUACUUUAUCUUGACUUUCUGGAUAAAGCCUUGUGUAUUGGCGAAUUCCCGUAUUGAAAAAUUGUGAUUCCAGGAGAAAUCCUAGACCUUUCCUAUCGUCUUCGUAAAUGCUAUAAUUAAUUUCCUUACAGAUCCAAUUACUUGGUUAAAUCCACAAGAUUUUCGUCAAUGCACAAAAAUGACAAUGUAUGUACAUCAUCACUAUCUAAUUGAACUUAUAAUUUAAAUUGUAUUCUACAUUUGAAAAUAUAGUAGAACUAGUUAACCUGGCAAACGUUGUUCUGGCAUAUACAUUAUUUCUAAUGAAUAUGUCUAUUAAUUAAAAAGUGUUGUAGGCGUGUAGCGUGGAUGUUUUAACGAUCUAUACGUAGUAGAUCUAAGAGCUAAUGAAAGAGAUAAUUUUUGUUUUUGAAGCGUGCUGAUUCCACUAGAAAAUCAAUAAAAAUUUUCACUUUACAGAAAUGGAACACAAAGCGAUUGGACUACAGGAUUACAGAAUGCUAGAUUGCGAUUCGAUUUGAUUCGAUCGGAUUUGAGAAUACGAGUAAGCAGUAGAUCAGUAGGCAUAUUUGGAAUUUGGAAUAAAUUGAAUCGCUUCCGCCAUUCAACCGAAUACGUCCAGCAACGUGUGGGACACAACGUGUAAUGUUGUAAUGAAGCUCAUUAAGAACUUCAUUGUACCUUUGAACACAAGUGCUGUAAUGUCAUUAUGAUGUAUUGCGUUUUAACCUGGCAAAAGCAAAGACUGUGUCGGCUUUGUUCAUGGGAGCGUCUCGCAAGGGAAUGUAUUCUUCCCUACACCGCUUUUAUUGAUAGUGUCGUAGGAAUCGCACUUAUUCGCUCUCUACCUUCGCGUACAUCAUAAAUCAAUCAUAAAUUGUUGGCACAGGUAACGACUUCUUUGAAUGGUGACCAUGACCAUGUCGAUUCUUAUAAAAAUGCAUGGAACGCACCUUCUUGUUUGUUUCGUCUCCCCUAACUGUCGUUCAUAAAUUUAAUGCAAAAUGAGAAAUGAUAUUAAUAAUGAAUGAAGCACCUGUGGCGGGUCUCUUUGUUUAUGCAAUUUGUUUAUGUUUGACUUGUCCCUUCAGUACGGCUGGGAGAUUUUUCGUGGAAAAAUCCCUUCUGACUUUCAUAGUCACCAUAGUCAAACACUUUUUUCUAGAGCAUGACUGUAUUCAAGCAUAACAAUCGCAGCUAAGUACUUAUGAAAAUGACGUUACUAUGUUGAGAAUGCUAACUUUAGGAACAUUAGUGCCAUUGAAGAAGAACGCGAAGAGAGUCGUAUCAACGGUGUGUGUCAACGAUGAAUUCCAGAUUAUUGUUUUCACAAUUUCCCGCGCGAUUGUGCAAUCGCCUAAAAUAAUUCCAUUAACGCUUGCGAAUUGAAUCUAUACACAUGCUCUGUAGCUGGUGUUUUAUAAGAAUUGAUGAGAAUAUCGUGAUUGUCACUUUGUAAUCCUAGCAAGGGUGAUUUUGUAAUUUCAAUAAUUUAUUGUGCUCAUUCAAAAAGGCUUUCAGCUCUCCGGCGAAGCGCCUGGCUUUUUACGAAUUGAGGUUACUUGCGCAUAUGUGGAUGAAAUUUCGAUAAAGCGGAUGUAGCGCCAUCUGUCAUUCAACAAUGUAAAUAAAUUCGUUCUGUUUGAAAACGAGCGACGGUUAAAUUUUUGAAUAUUGUUUAUAUAAAAAAUUCUCAAAUUGCAAUUAAAAAUAGGUGAUGGAGGUUUAAAUUUGGAGUUAUUUAUAUGGUUUGAGCCAAAUUUAAGAAAAAAAAAUUAUUUCUGCGUCGGAUCACCCUAAUAUAUGGUAUUUUAUAUAUGGUAAUCGUUAUCCUAGCGGUAUCGUGUAUAGUUUACGACCACCUCAUGCCUACCAUGUUUUUUGUGUAUAAUUUCUUCAUAAUCGGUUGAGCCGUUUCGGAGGAGUUCGAUCACUAACAUUUUUAUAUAUAUCAUUUUCCACAUUUCCACAGAUUAUCCACACGAACGGCAUUUCAGGUUUAAGUUUUCUCGAUUAGCAGCAACGAUUUUCUUACGGUUCCAUUGAAGGGAUAUUUGUGAUAAAAGAAUAUCUUACCCAGGUUUUGGUAACGAAUGAGCAUGAAGAAUAUUCAUUGAGUUCAUGGCUUACAAAUUCUAUGAUUACUUUCUAACAGCCCCUUAAUCCUUAAUUAUUUGAUUCCGAGAUUUAUCUUUUCUAUCCCUAGCUUCCCAGCCGGUAUCGCUUCAGUAAGAACGACAUCGAUUUAUUCCGUCGUUCCGACAUAGUCCAACUUGAUGAUGUUCUGCUUCAACUUUUCUUGAACAAAAUUAUGACAGAAACCUACUCCUGAGUAAAUUUCCGAUUACCUUGUUCACCAGAUGUCUCACUCUGAGGUUGUCGCACGUGGUUUGAACUGGUUCAGAUUUUUCCUGCAUCUCUUUCCGUACUCCAGGUCACCAUAUAGCUCAUUAUAUCGCCGCUGAAACAGCUACAUGAUUCGCUCCCAUGGUAGACAGCGCAACUGUAGUCUCCUUGGACAGCUCCACGGAAUCGCAUCAUUAGAUUGCUUGAAUACGUAUCCGAUACUUGAUUAACGAGUGUCGGAGUCAUUCCCUCAAUCAGCGUCACUGUAACCGACAAAACUUUCAUCUGACUCCAUUGAACAGGUUAGCUUCAUUGACCUGGUGACACUUAAGAUACCGCAGAAUUCACUACGCUAGCCACGUUGACUGCAAAACAAAUGUCUGGUCUUGUUGCCUGCGCCAGGUACUGCAAACCUCCUAUGAUCCGGAAUGGUACAUUCUCAUCCUCUUCGAUGUUUGAACAUAUCGCCUUGAUAACCUUUUUUCAGUGGGUGUAGUAAACACGUUGGAGUCAGCUACGUUGAAACACUUCGCAAACAUUUGAUGCAGUCUUCCUAAUUUGUCACCUCACAGUCAUGUUCUCUAAUCAACCACAUUUCAAGGAUGGCUUGAGGUCAUAGAAUACUUUCUUUAACCACCGAAUCUGCCACUUCGUGGAAAGUUUCGCAGGAGUAAGUUUCAUCCGCAGUAUCGCAGUGAAUUUAACUGUCAUCGUCCUCGGUCCUUGGUUCGCCGUUAGUGUUUCGAUUUGUUCAGUCUGAUCAGCUCCGGUUCGCUCAUUCCGAAUCACUAGUUCGGUUUCUGCUGCAGUGGAUUUUGCUGGCUCAUGGUUCGUCCCUCUUGAGGUCUACCAAUCGAAUACUCGUCAAUCGAAUUUCAUGGAUGGCCGAUCCUCCGAGUAGAACCACUGUAAUGUAACGUGUUCCGUGAGUUGUCCAACGCUUUUUUGGCCGUCUCCACAUUCUGCAUCAAGUUUUAAAUGCUCCGAUCGAUGUUAAGGCGGAUGGGUACCAGAACUGGCUCCGACAUUUCAUCGCGUUUGUUCACGGCUCAACAGGCUUGCUCCUUAAUGAGCACCAUCUUGGCAGUUUAAACUGAUGUUCCACCAGCUGCACCACUUCUUCCAUCGCCUCUGUUGGGAUUCAACAUGUUGCUAUCAGAACUGCUUAUCUUUUUAUGAAAACUUAUCUGGGCCCAUAAUCUGAUAAAAGUGAUUACGCAGAAUCCUCCAUCUGAUGUCGGAAAUAACGCAACACAACUCCGCUUCAUCAUGAUUCACUAGGCUACGAUUGGACGGAGUUCAGGACAGUUUGGUAGGUUCAUGUCUUUCGGCGCAAAAUCCACAGAAUAAGCCGCAUUCAAUUUCUGCACGGUUUUGGAGUAGUGACAUGAAGCCAAAUCGGGCCGACACAACAAGUUUUGAUCGUGCUGUCUCGAAAACGGCAAAAGUCGUGAAUUUCGACAAUAAUCCAAAGCAAUCUUACCCAUACCCGUAAAAUAUUCCUGUCCCGGUAACUGUUUAAAAUCCGCUUUGAUGUGGUUCUCGUCAUUACUAAUGCAGCACCGGUAUUUCGUUAGUGGCUACGUGCAGAGUUUGCGUGCGCGCGUUUUGGCAACUCUGCUGGUGUUUGUCCCGAUAUGGUAAGUUUUGCAUCUUGAACAUUUUCAAUCCGGAUCGCUUAGAACUAGCAAUCACUGCUAUCUCUUUUGUUGCGCGUUAUUCCCGGUUUUCGCCCAGCUCCUGGCUUGUGGGACCCUCGAUACGGUCGAAUGAUUUGUAUUCAUCAGUGUUCCCACGACGCGAUGCUACAGCCCAGGAUUUUGCAUGUGGAUGAACAAAAUCCUUUCGCGAACGGUUUGCUGAUUUUCUUCUGUUUCGACCGGAAUGACAUUGACAACUGCAAAACUGAGCGGAUGUAAACAAACAUUCUAAAGAGAAACUGGGCAAAAUCUGAUUAAUUUCGGUCAAGUAUUGAAAAAAUUAAACAGGUUUGAAAGUGUCGCAAUAAUUAACUGCUCUUUUCUCAUCUGGUGCAUCCGCAUCUCGGGUCGGCUUGACAGCAGGAUCGUCCCGAACCGUUCUGAAUUUUCGUCCACGUUUUUCUUCCUUCCUUUGAAGUCGCACCACGCGUAAGCGUAUUUCUUCGCUCAACAAACGAGCGUUGGUGUAUGUGACACCAGGAUACCUUUUCUUGUUCCGAUGACAACGGGUGUCCUCUAAAGUUUUAUCAAUAGACUUCACUGAACCUUAGGAUUUCGAACUUCUUGCGCAGCAUGAUAAACUAGCUUCCCUUACUGCUUCCUUAUUAACAGCCAACCCAGAUGUGCUCCUCCGGUACCGCCUCCCAUAUCUGGAGAAUGGUUUUUUUAAUGGCAUAGAUUCCUGCUACCUUUUGGUGCUGAUCAAAUACUGAGUACUAUUGUGGAUUUGAGCUUCUCAGUUAUUCUUGGUCAACACACGUACGAUGGAACGAGGCCAUAGUCCUACUGGAAAGUUCACAUUUUCCUUUCGAAAUGGUCACGUGCCCUCGGCUUUAUGGUACCUCAGAGAACAUUUGGUAGCACCUCAAAUCAGUCACAGUCAGUGGAGAUGCAUUCAAUGCUGCUAGCUCGUCUAGACUUACUGAUGAUCUUUGAUGGGGAUACCAUCUGGUCGGAGUUAAAAAUCAGAACACCUGUCACUAGGGUUGCCAAUGCACCUUUUAUAUAUAUUUAUAUUUGCAAUUGUUCAUCAGAACAUAUCGUUCAUACAUUUUACUUUAGUAUUGAAUUGUUAUUUUUUUCAAAUGAAUUCAAAAACUCGUGUCAAUGAAGCGCCACGCAGUCUGAUAAGUGAGUUGAUCUAUUCACGUGUGCUUUGCUCUUCUCUCACAAACACUAUUACCCCACUUUACACGUGGGUUUACCUAUACUACUACAAUGACUAGCUUCCACCUUCACCUUAAGAGAAUUUUGGCAAGGAUCUCUUGAUCGUUUAUAUAUUUUUCCCAAAAAAAAAGUAGCAUCACUACAUUGAAUCGCAGAGAAAUCUUUGGAAUGAACAUUACUCAUAGAAUGAGGAAAGCAUAUCAGCAGUGUAUAAAUUGUGGAAUGUUUUUUUUUCUAAUUUUGAAGUUAUUUGAUUCAAUUAUGGAUAUAUUUCCUAUAGUUUCACCAUUGAAGUAGAUUCUACUUUGAAACUGACGAGCAAAUAUUAUAGAAAAUCUUAUUAUAUUGGCUUUGAAUUCAAGAAAUUUCGCACUCUGGGACGUAUUGCUUCAUCAAUAUAUUUGCGACUACUAGUACAUACAUAUCAUACAAGUUAAUGGUGUUCCUUUAAACUUUAUCUUGUUGUUAUUCCUUAAAUUCUUCCAAUAUUCUGGUUUCAUGGCAUUAUCUAGCACUGUUUUGAUAAAUCGAAAUAUUUGUACGUAGUGGAGAUAAUUCGGUAUUUUCACUCUAAAAAAGUUUGUUCAGUCGAUUUUCAACGAUCAUACAAAUUGAUAAAAAAAAGUUUGCUACAGCUUUGUAUCUGGAGAAUUCAAUUUAAAGUAAACAUUGUAGGGGAACCGCGGGUAAUACGGACAGUGAGGAUAAUAUGGACAGGUGGUUGAUUUGUACAGUUACAUUUUGAAUUUCCGAUUUCUGUCAAUGAGAACAUCUUCUACAUGUCAUUCUAUAAUAUUUAAGCCACCCUAUGGCAAUGAAUACUGAUCAAAAAUGGAAAAGGGAAACAAAAACCGAAAAUCAUACAUGAUUCUACGUGUGGAUGUAAUUUCAGCUGCUUCGAUAUUAAGAGUUUUGAGUGGUUUAAUAUCUAAAUUCAAUUCGCUGAAAGUUAUAUUUCGGUUUGUGAGUUAACAGAGAAGCGAUAUUAGGUAUUUUCGGAAAAGUAAAUUCAGUUUUGAGUGGAAAAUUUAAAUUAUUGAAAUAAUUGUACUCGCGGGGUAAAACGGACAGUUACCAGUGAGAGUGAGAUGGACUGUGAAAAGUCUGUUUAAUCUAUUCCUAAGGAAUGCCCUGCGUCUAUGAAUGAAAAUCAAAUCGUCAAAUGUAGACUGUUUAUAAGCUGGCUGGAAAUAGUUGAGGGUCUGUCCGUUUAUACUGCUGAAAAGCUCGAUAUCCCUUCUAGGUGGAUUAAUUCGAUUUCUUCAUCAUUUUAAAUGUCUAAACGUAAGUGGUUGAAUAAAAUUAUUCCUCUCGCGAUCGAUAAACCUCUACGCUUCAUAUAUUUCAAACCUGUCCAUAUUCCCCCCACUAUGUGUCCAUAUUACCCGCAUCGAAAAAAAAAUGUUAACUUUUCGGUCUGUUUUAAUUUCUAUAAAAAACAUAGCAAACCCUUUUUUAUAAAAUAUUUGGCCAAUUAGUUAGAAAAACAGUAUGUUGAAUUGCAAGAAACUGCAUUAAAGUUUUGGGAAAUAUGAGUUUCCGAAGAUAUUAUUGAAGUUCUUCUUAACAUGUCCGUUUUACCCCCACCUCCCCUACAUAUGCGGACCGGAGAGCUGUAAUGACUCAUUUGCAGCCAGGAAAAAUUUGGCAGGAAUUCUUGUAUAUUUUUUACUAAUAAAUUCCAUAAUAAGAUUAUGCUUCAAGAUUGAACUUAUAAAUAUAACCCUUUGCGGUCGUAUUAAAUUUCGACAUGUGUGUCGUACUGGUCGCAUUUUUUUACUGAUAAAGCAUUGAAGUAUAACUUUGUGAGACUAUGGAAGAUGUACAAGAUUCUAUUAUGUUUCGUCAACUUCUGAAAAAUGUUCCCUAAACAAUGUUUUAAUGUUUAUUUUUGAAAAAUAUUUGCUAUAAUUCUUCUUCAUGUGAUAUCUUUCACAUGUAUCACAAAAAUGAUUAGUUUGGUGCCUUUCGCCUUUUAUCAUUCUGUUUGAACAUACAAAACAAUGCUCUUUACAUCUACAGAGUGCCGUAAUACAUUAAGUUUUCUAUUACUCUUUUCCUCAAGCAUGGAUGACUACUUUUGUUCAUACUGAAUACCGUUAUAUAUUACUCAUAGAAGCACCGUUUUGGUUCGUAAAUAAGUUCACAAGACGUUUACUAAAAAGUGCAUAAAUUAUAAUAUAAGUAUGCUUCUUUGGUGUGGUGGCUGAAAGCAGACAAACGACGGCAAACGGUUUAUACAGAUUUCGAUACAGAUUUUUCGAGAAAAAACACAGAUAAAAAGAUUUUUAGAGACCAAAAACACAGAUUUUAUUAUGACAACCCUGUUCUCGAGGCGUCAAACAUCAUACUGCUUCAACAAAAUGACAAAAUGUAUAUACCGCUAUUUAGCAUCAUGAUCAUUAAGUCCUUCUGUGGAGCAAAAGACAAUGACACUUACGUUUAGACAUUUAAAAAUAUCAAAAAUCAAUAUCGAUACAAAACACAAAAACAGCAUCUUGGUGGGAGAAACGAAAAUUCUUAAUUUAGAUAGAUGGAGAAUGUUGUGUAAGAUGCAACAGUCUUUCUUUACAUGCCCGCAAAUUUUUAGUGGCGAGAAAAAAAGUUUUUUACUUAUAAACAGAAUACACUGAAAAAAAUGAUUCCUUGAUAAAAAUUUUUAAUGAAAAUCAGAACAAAUGCUAGAAUAUUCAAAAUAAAUCAAAAUGCCCCAGAACGAUAUCAAAUGUCCUGCUAAAUCGGGAUGGAUGCUAUUCCUAAUCUUUGACGCUUUUGAAUAAUCAUUCUAUUGCUCCAUGUUUUCAAUAGGCUUUGAAAAUUGUUUGAUAUAAUUAGGCAGCAGUUUUCUUCGUAUGGUGACAGAAAUUUGAUUUGUUGUGAGUAGAGAACCUUUGCCAGGGGUGGAAACUAGAAAUGGUACAUACACUCUGUCUAACUUCUAUAAGACCAGGUGAUGAUCUGGCUGCUUUGUGCCACUGUAAACAAACAAUGCUUCAACUUAUAUUCUAGUGUAUUGGUAUUGGUGACUACCAUACACUGCAUGAUUUUCAUAUAUGUGUGUGUAAGCGCUGAGCGUAAACCAAAGGCUUUAUAUUUUUCAAGUGUCAAGUUUCUAUAAGACCAGUUACAUUUUGUCGUUGUUUUAGUUGUUUUGAUCAAUAAAUCUGGAAAAUACCAAACGGAAAAGUGCUCACGGAGAGAAAAGAAACACAAAUCGAUGCAUUUCACCAAGAAAAUGUAGGUAUCAGAGAAAUUUCUCGUCGGAUUGGACGAUCCCAUCAAGUAGUGCUCAAUUAUUUGACGAAUCCUUAAGGAUACGGUAAGAAGAAGAGAGAGCUCCACGAAAAUCGUAGCUCUCUGACCGGGAUAAGCGCGAAAUAGCAAAAACAGCUUCGGAUACCUCAAAAUCGCUUAUACAAAUAAAGCAAUAUUUCAAUUUAAAUGUUACUCGGGUGACAAUUCGUCAAGUUUUAGUAAAAAAUCCUCACAUAAAAAGGGUUUAAAAGGUUAAAGCUUCUCAUCUUACACCAUCUCACAUCGGAAGACGUCUGAGUUUUGCCAAAGCUCACAUGAACCGACAGUGGGACAUGGUAUGUUAUGACAAAGAGUGUUUCCAAAAGAAUAUAUUUUGCUACAUACGAAAAAUUCUUCAAUGUAUAGGUUAUCUUCACUGACGAAAAAAGUUUAAUUAAGAUGGUCCUGAUGGUUACAACGAGUACUGGCGUGAUUUACGGAAGAAGGAACAGUAUUUUUCAACCAGGAAUUUUGGUGGAGGCUCGUGCAUGGUUUGGGUGAGAUUCUGUGCAACCGGAAAGCUCAAGCUUUCACAUCAUCCUGGAAUCCUCUCUCCUACCGUUUUUGCGUGGAUAUCGUCACAAAAAAUUCACAUUCCAGCAAAACAAUGAUACUAUUCAUACCAGCAAGUGAACUAAGCAAUAGAUUCAGUGCCAAAAACUUAAUUUUUUGGACUGGGCGGCUCGCUCUCCAGACUUGAAUCCUGUUGAAAAUCUUAGAGGGGAUCCUUGUACGCAGAAUCUACACUGAGCGAAAACGGUACACCACGAUUGAAGAACUCAAGCUCGCAAUUUCGGAAACAUGGGAAAAAUAUCGAGAAAAUCGUUCAGCAUCAUUUGGUAAAUAGUAUUCCAACACCAAUUUUCCAGAUUUUUAGCCGGAAUGGCAAGGUUGACAAUUAUUGACAUGUAAAUCAGCCGGUCGUUUUGAAUUUUUCAUAUAUAAUACCUAUGAGUUUUGAAAUGGUCUUAUGGAAACUGAACAGCUGAAAUCAUCAUAUUUAAGCACAGUAAAUAAACAAACAACUCUUUUGAACUAAAUUCGAACGAAAAUAUACUUUAUUCUAAGCAUUCAACAAUGUAUGAAUGUAUCUCGUUGGAAUUCUAACUGUUUGUGUUGCAACGAAAUAGAAUCAGGGUGGUCUUAUAGAAGUUGUACAGAGUGUAUUACUGUGGAAAUUAGAAAAUUUUGUUGGCAAAAUCUUUUGAAUAUGUGGUUACCCAAAAUCGCACUUUUCAUUAUCAUAUGACCAUUUUUAAUUACGAUUGAUUUUUCGUAAGGGCGUAUGUAGAAAAACUUUUUCUCAAGAAAUCGUAACUCGAAAUCAAGAUGUCUGAUUAAAAUAUGAUGUAUGACAAAUUUGUUGGAAAAUUAUAAUCAGUAAAAACAAUAUUUUAAAUACAAUGUUAAAAAAUAUUUCUCAAGAUUUGGAUUUAAUGUUUAAAACUUUUGUAUUUUAAAAGACCCACCCCGAAUAUUUUUUUUUAUAAAUUACAAUAAGAAAACUUAUUCAAUUCAACAAAUUUUGGCAUAUAGUGGCGUUGUGUCAGACUCUCUGAAAUAUACAAAAUAUGUACCAUAUGGACAAAAUUUACGAAAAACUGAGAGGGCCGGGUCUACGGCUGGCAGAUUUGGCGUGGAAUUGCUCCAUUGUAAAAAGUCACUCAAAUGAAAUUGAAGCUAAUGGAGAAAUAUAUCCCCGAUUCAAUGUGGAUAUUAGAAACAAAUGCUGUUCAAAGAGAGAGGCCAAAAUUUGGGAAAAAAUCUACAAACAUACAAGAAAACUUUUGUACGAGUAUUCAUUAUCUUUUCGAUAAUUUACUAAGGAAUUCAAUUUGAAUAGAGUACGAGUACUCUAUAUAGUUGUGUGCUCCCUUGGCCGAGUGGUUAGCGUCAUAACUAACAUGCCGGGUGUUCGGGUUCGAUUCCCGUUCUGGUCGGGGGAAUUUUUCGUCAAAGAAAUUUCCUCCGACUUGCACUGUGAUCACGCGUAUUCUAUAGCUUGCCACUCAGAAUGCAUUCAAGGCGUGUUAUUUGAGAUAGAAAUCUCAACUAAGUACAAAUAAAAAUGACGCAAGUAAUACUACGUUGAGACGGCGAAGUUCCUCUAGGAACGUUAGUGUCAUUGAAGAAGAAGAAGAGUACGAGUAAUAUUACCGUUUGUUUUAUAGUUUCGAGCGCAACACCAAUAUAUUGUAACCGGGCGGUAUUGGGUUAAUUAAGGUAAAUGAUUUUGGUUUGUCCAGUCGAAAAUAUCAUCGUGGUUUGUCCACAUUUUGAAUGCUCUAAUUCAGCACGCCUUUGUCAAAUUAGGUAUUCGAAUGUUUCAAAACAUACAAAUAAAAUUGCAUUAUACAUGAUUUACAGUAGUUUUAUAGUAUAUUUUUGAAACAAGUGAUUCAAAGGAUUAUAAAAUACACCAUCUAUUGGUGUCAAUGUUGUUUUGUCCACAUGAUUUCUAUGGCAACCGCUUGGCGCGCUACAGUUUGUUUAUUGUGUCCUUCGCGCAUAGCAGAAAUAAAGUUUCUCUAUGUUGAGUGUCUCGAGGUGAACACUUUUAGAAUGCACAAGAAAAUGCAAUAUUCUGAAAAAAGCCUAAAUUAUGAAUGGAUCAAUAUGAUGACAGUAAAAUCAAGCAAUGAUAAAUGCAACAUCUACUUGAUUCGUCUUUGAGGAAAAUCGUAAAAAAUCAUAAAAAUUUGAAUAAUUUCAACCCCUUAUGGUAGUGUUAGCAACUAGAGACUUGGGGCUUUUCAACAAACCCAAACUCGUAUCAAUUAUGUGUGAUUUUCAUGAAGAAAAUCGAUUUGCAUUUAGUAGUUGCGUAAAAACACCCCAAAUCGGACAAACCAAGAUCAUUUACCCUACAUAUUUUCGACAACCGUACCCACCGGGCAUCUGCUCAUACCCUUAGAAAAAUCCUCGGUCGAAAACUACUAAAUACAUUUGGUAAUGCAAAAUUAGUAGAAUGUACAAUUUUUUUUGUACAUAUUGUCAACAAACCCGCAUCCCUACCAGAGAUUAGUAUAUUUUACUCGAUAACAUUAGUAAGCUUGGAUAUUGUCAUAUCUGAAAAUUGGUGAAAAAAGCACGUAUUAACCAUUUUCAUUGUUCCCAUAAGGCAAUACGAAGGUAUAAUAAGGAUAUAAUUCUGAUACGUGCCUUUUCGGCGAGAAAAUGUAGUCGAUAUUGGGCUUCCGAAUCAUGGUUCUGCUUGACAUAUGUGUUUAUUAGUACGGUCGAAAAUGACUAUAGAUUGGUAGUAUUUACCAAAAAAUUCGUUAUAUUUACUAAUUAUUUCUCUCAGUGUAGGCACAUUGCAUGUGCUGUGGCAAAAAAUAUGAUGAAUGUUUUUCAACCCAGUUUCCUCUCUGGACCCAUAGCUCGACCGAGCUUGAAUCAAGCCAUCAAUUGAGAAACCGUGAACCAAAAAGGACUUCUUUCUGCAACGCGUGCUUGUGUGAAUCACGUGUCUGCUCUUGUCCCACUUUAGGAGGAGACCAUUCCAUUUUUUGCUGAAUGCGCGAUAAUAUUCGUAGAGCCGUUCGCUCCUUUGAUGUAGAGUUCAGACGAGAAAAAAAAAGAAAACUGUCAGUGGCUGGGAAAGGUAGCUCACUAGUUCACUCACCAGGGAAGAGAUCGUUCGAUUGAAUUCAAUGUUUAAUUCUAGGAACAUAUCAUCUGUAAUCAAGUGUAUCACCAUAGCAUAAAUUAAAGGGAGGAGUGUAACAUGAUAACCAAAACGACAAUAAAAACUACGCGACAAUAACUAGCGGUGGUAGUUCUUGAAACUAAUAACUUACUGGUUGUCCAAACGCCAAAUAUUCUUGGGAGUAUCUGUCAUUUGAUCAAACGGUGUCCUAUUAGCUUCAAAUAGCAUUAAGAGAAACAACGCACGCAGUCAAUUUUGAUAUAUCUGUUGAGAAGAGUACGAAAACAAAUAAUUUACUUUUGAUGAGAGAAAUCAAUGGAACAAAUAUGUACACCUGCUGCAAAACGGAACAAUUGACAAUACAAAAACAGAGCACAAGUUGAAUCGAAGCACAUUUUACACAGUUGAAGAUAUUAUGAUCAGAGCGAAGCGGGAGUACUACCGUAGGACAAGUUAUUUGUUUUAAGCCAGACAAAACGAAUUCUACAAAAUAUUAGGUGGCUUUCGUCAUAUUUAUUAUAUGGAAUGUUGUUGAGUACGUCUAGUACUAAGUGAAAGAAGGGAUGUUUUAUAAAAUAAAUGCUGUUUGUAUAGACAAAAACGGAAGAACAUGUUUCAUUAAAGUGAGCAAAUAGGCUUGACUUUUACGAGCAUAUUGUGUCAGCUUAGAAUAGAGUGAUUCAAUGGCAUGCUUAUGUUGUGUGGUUUUACCUUGUAUAUUGAGUUUAGAUGUCCUAUUUGGAUGAUGAUUUAUGCAAUUACGACAGAUUAAAGCUGAUUUUUCCAAUGGUGUUGUGAAUAUAUAUAUAUAUAUAUAUAUAU